UCGGAAACGUUUUUUACGAUUCUAUAUUUGUUGUGCUGAACGAACAACACUAAUAUGAAGUAUAACAGGUGAAGUGAAAUAAUUUAUUGGAAACCGCUGGAAUUUUUGAACAAAGUUAAGCGGUCGUAAUUGUGAUCCAGAAUGGCGUAUGGAACACCCCAAAAGCAGAAUGAGAAAAAUACGUGAAAUGGGGAGGUCAUCAACCAAUGAAUGAAGGACUUUGAACCAAUGAGAUUACUUGAAGCUUGAGCGACUGAAAUAUUUGCCAAUCAUACAGAUCAGGUCGGGGCAAAUGCUAUCUUUGUACAUGUUCAAGGGUGCGCGCACAGGAGAACAUUUCCUGCCCUGAUGCAUGGUGGUCGAACCGAAGGGAUUGUUGGAAAUUUUAGAGAGCAACAAUGCUUUUGGCUCAGAUUAACCGGGACUCCCAGGGCAUUGCAGAGUUCCAAAAUGCAGGUGGAGACACUCAGCAGGUCACUCUCUGUUUGACAGAAGCUGUUUCAGAUGGCGAUCAGAUGGACAUGGACACUGUGAGUUUGCAGGCUGUGACCCUUGCAGAUGGCUCUACAGCUUACAUACAGCACAACCCUAAAGUCUCCAUUUCAGAUGGCAAGUUUAUGGAUGGACAGGUCAUUCAGCUGGAGGAUGGAUCUACUGCAUAUGUCCAACAUGUAUCAAUGCCAAGAGCAGAGGAGGCCAACAGGUGGACAGGAUCCCCUUUGUGUGAUGUAAUUGGAGGAGAUGGUCUGAGACUUGAGGAUGGUCAGGCUGUGCAGCUGGAAGAUGGCACAACCGCUUACAUCCACACGCCAAAAGAUACCUAUGACCAGAAUACCCUGCAGGCUGUUCAGCUGGAGGAUGGCACCACAGCUUACAUCCAGCACACAGUACAGAUGCCUCAGACCAACACCAUCCUGGCCAUCCAGGCAGAUGGAACAGUGUCAGACCUGAACGCUGAUGGAACCCUCGACCAAGAGACCAUCAACGUGCUGGAACAAUACACCGCUAAGGUAGAGGCUGAUGAUGUCAACUCCGUACUGAUGAGAGCUGAGCAAGAUUGUGGUGUGCAGAUGCAGAUUGUGCUUCAAAGGCAGAGUGGUCGUAGUUCUAGGGAGCAGCCUACAGAGAAAUCUUUCCGCUGUGACUAUGAGGGCUGUGGCAAACUCUACACAACAGCACACCAUCUGAAGGUACAUGAGAGGUACCACACAGGUGACCGGCCAUAUCUGUGUGAUCACCUGGGGUGUGGAAAGAAGUUUGCUACAGGGUAUGGCCUGAAAAGUCACAUCAGGACACAUACUGGUGAGAAGCCUUAUCGCUGCCAGGAAGUGCACUGUGCAAAGUCGUUCAAGACGUCAGGUGACCUCCAAAAGCACAUCAGAACCCACACAGGAGAGAAGCCAUUCAUGUGCCCGUUUGAGGGGUGCGGGAGAUCGUUUACUACCUCUAACAUCAGGAAGGUGCACAUUCGCACACACACAGGGGAAAGGCCUUACUACUGUGCAGAGCCUGGCUGUGGGCGAGCCUUUGCCAGUGCCACCAACUAUAAGAACCACGUGAGGAUCCACACAGGAGAGAAGCCUUACGUUUGCACAGUCCCAGGCUGUGACAAGCGGUUCACAGAGUACUCCAGCCUUUACAAACACCACGUUGUCCACACACCAUGCAAGCCCUACAACUGCAACCACUGUGGGAAGACCUACAAGCAGAUCUCCACCCUGGCCAUGCACAAACGCACAGCUCAUAACGUCACAGAGCCCAUUGAGGAAGAGCAGGAGGCCUACUAUGAACCCCCUACAGAGGCCAUCGAUGAUCCCUCAGUGAAUUUUGCCCAGGUUGAGGAGGAGGAGGAGGAGUCCUGUUCGGAACAGAUGACUGAGGCCAUUGGUCAGCAGCAUGUGCAGCUCAUAACACACCCAGAUGGAACCCAACAGGUCAGUAUCUCCCAUGCUGACAUGCAGGCAUUGGGAAACACAAUUACCAUGGUAACCAGUGAUGGCACCACCUUCACGGUUCCUUCCCAUGAAAUGCUUAAUGCAGAUGGUACACAUUCAGUUACCAUGGUAGCAGCAGAUGGUACAGAAGAGCAGGUCUUAAUACAUGUUGGACCUCUCCCCCCUCCCCCCCCCAGGUGGCCAUUGAUUUGGCCUCCUUUCAGGGCAUGCAGACAGAGGAGGGGGUUCACCCUGUCACUCUGUUAGCCACCUCAAACGGCACACAGAUCGCUGUCCAGCUCAGUGAACAACCUUCACUCGAAGAAGCCAUCAGGAUAGCAUCGAGAAUACAACAAGGAGAGAUGGGAUUGGAUGAUUAGAUAAGAUAAGCCUUUCAAUUUCUAUUGAAAUAUUUGAUAUGACGAGAACAACUGAUCUAUACAAAUUCUACAGUUUUCUGACUUAAGGGUAUUGUUCUUAAAUCAAACAUGGAAUUCUUUAUUAAGAUUUGUAAAUAGACAUUUUGAUAUGGCUGCACCAAGAGUCUGUAAUGCUGAAACAUCCAUUUGUUGAGUAAGAUGUGUGUUGCUGCAUGAAUGAGAUUAAGAAAUGUAAGGCGUGUUUGGACUUUUGGUACCAUUUUUCCAUGUGUGAAUAUUGUAUUCUGUGUAUAUACAGUAAAUAGCCAAUGUUUUGAAUCCAGCAUAUAUUUUAACUUUGAAUGUGUACAAAUAAUGGAUACACAUUGGUUGUUAAAUAAAGCAGUACAAUUCUA